GGAACGGUGCUAGAAGAAUGCGCAAGACGUCGGAUAAUUCGCAAUGUCUAUGGAAGCGGCACCAAAGAGAUAUGCCGAGCUUGAGUUGUCUGCACUUGAGGACCCAGAUGUUGAUGUCAGUUCCAGCCUCGCAGACGGCUUGGCGCGCUAACGGUUGCCGCAAGCUUUGCUCGACCGCGGCUCGCAGCCCUAACAACCAGUACAACGACACCUUGUCAUUUAUUCACAAAGGGCUUCGCCAAGCGUACAGUUAUGUGUUAGCAAUGUACCCCCCAUGUUACCACGCUGCACCACUACUCAGUCGAGCUCACAAGCCUGUUGCCGAACGUUUGCCUGCAGAUCGUAGACUCUGGAAGAUCGACUUCAGGCUGAUUAAAUGACUGAAGACCCAUCGUACGGGCUACCAGGACUUACCACCAUUGAUGAAGAAGUUCCUUUCAAAUACGAGAAGAUCAAGCGCCUAUCAGUAAUCUUACGUCCCUUGGAUUCGAUUACCAGAAUCACUGCAUCCAAGUGGGCCACCAGAGGCUGGACGUACCAAGAGGGAUAUCUGUCACGCAAGCGAAUCUUCUUCACGAACAAAAAUGACCAUUUCAUCUGCAAUGCAUCUACUACCAGUGCAGCUCUGCAUAGAUUUCUUCCGCGAGCAGGCCAGAGGCCGCGUCCACUUAAGGUUUACUCCGAAGUCAGUGACUGGACCUACCGCUUGGCUCCUUUCACCCGCAACCUGGAAGCUUAUAGUUCCCGUCAGUUGUCUGUGGACUCGGACGCCUUGGAUGCCAUUACAGGUGCUCUUAACGAUCAGAUGGUCAACGAGAAGCCUGUACAUCAUCUAUGGGGCAUUCCCAUCUUUGAGACCGACAUCGACUACGAUCUUGGCCCAUUGAAAAAGUUCUCUAAAGGUAGAAUUCAGCAUGGGACCAGGGAGUGUCCCGUCAUUGAGUUUCUACUACACUGGAAUCACUCACGACCUUGUCGUCGCAGAUCCGAGUUUCCUAGCUGGUCGUUCCUGGGCUGGGCAGGACGAAUUGACUACCUCGCUUGGCCUAGGCAGACACACAUCGGAGAACACUUCAUCGUACACAAUCUUCAGGCAGCUGGGCACGCAAAAUUUGCACUGACCCCAACAGGGACUCAUUAUCUAGAUGUAACAACCUCCACGAUACCCCUCGCACUUGUGGAUGUCAAAUGCCCUGUUGAUACGACACAAAAUGGCUACUACGCUGUUGCUCGUCUCGAUGCCAACACGGAGGCAUAUGUCCAAGUACAUUGGAGCCGAGACCCUGGAAGCAUUCGACGGGAGGGAUCCACCCUAACAGGAGCUUUGUUCAUUGACGAACGAAAGCUUCUGAAAGAGAUAUCGUCAACAACCAGUUUUGUACUCGAAGGAAACGGGAAUCGUUACGAGCGCAUAGGCUCGUGCACUAUCUUUAGCAUGCAGCUCAAAACUCUGCCAGAUACUGUACGGACAAUGUCUGGUUCAAGCGUGAUUGUCAAGAGUUGGGAGUACAAGGAGGUGAGAAUGCAGGAAUGGCAGAAGAGGGCGACGAGGGAAAGGAUACUGAUCGGCUAAUGGUCACUACCCGUCGCACAUAUACCUCCGUGGUGCCAAACGUCUGACUGCCUCCAGGCUGCAAUUUUAGACCAACCAUUGCAACCUGCUGCUGAAGAUCCAUUUGGAGCCAUAUCUUCAACAAAUCAAAGCCUCAUCCUGUCGGUCCCACCCAAUGCAUAG